AUGACCAUAGUCACAUUGAGGGAAGAUGUGAAAAGUAAAGAACGUGUAGUUGAAGAGCAAACUAUUGUCGCGCAGCCCAAGAAUGUUCAAGUCGAACAGGCUGGAGACGGGGCAUUGAGCUUGACGUGGGAAGACGCAGAGGGAGACAAGGACGGGAAAGAUGUGAAGGAGAAAAGUAUUGCCGUUAGCUGGACAAUUGCUCCUGGUGAGGUAGACAAGUAUAUUCUACACAUAUCAGACAAAUAUCGGACAUGGGAGCACCCAAGUGAAGUGGACCAUUACGGGAUAAGCAUUUCCCAUUCUGGAAGAGAAAUAAGACGAUAUGUGAUGUCUCCCUCGUCAAGAGAGUACCUUUUCGAGAACCUAACCCCCGGCAGGCUGUACACACUUUCUUCACCCGACCAACGUUCGGUGCAAAUUAAUGACCUAUUAACCGGGGGACGUCUAUACGAGCUAGUCGUAGUAGCUGUAAGUGGGGAUAGGAGAAGCCUGCCUACCAGGACAAAUCAUCGCACAAAAGUUCACAGACCUGAAGGCCUUCACGUCGCUGACGUCAAAUUGCAACAAAUCACCAUCACAUGGGAGCAUGCACCGGGAGAUAAAGACGCGUACACUGCAGCUGUAUUUGACACUACACGUCAAGACAGAACUCCAAAGAGCAAGAGUGAUGUAUCUGCCACCGCCUUGGUUCUCGAACAUCGCUUCAGUGCUUUGGUACCCGGCCGAGAGUAUGAGAUAUUGGUCACAACUAUCAGUGGAGGGGAUACAAGCGAACCAGACAAACGGAUAGUAAGGACAAAGCCCCUCCGCCCGGUAAAUGUUAGGACGUCGGCCGUGGACUCCGGAAUCAAGGUGGAUUGGUCAGAACCAAGCGGUGACAAAGACGAGUAUUUACUGGAGAUUUCGCCUAGCGAAGACAAUGAGGUUGAGGAAACUAGCAUUCGAAUCACGUGGCGUAAACCAGACUGCCACAUGGACAUGGACUGUUAUCAUGUUUCAAUACACCCAGCAGUCGGCGUAGAGAAUGCUAUUGGUGUGGUAGAAAGAGAGAAACCUUUAGAGUAUACUUUCAAAAAUUUAACUUCAGGUCGCAAGUAUACACUAAGCGUGGCAACCGCUAGUGGUGGAGACAGGAGCGAUCCUGUCACCACCAAAAAAAGAACAACU